UUAUUUUAUGUUGAAAGGCGAGAAAGUAUCAUGGGGGCACUGGCAGAGCAGAAAGGUAUCUUUUUCUCUUUCUAGAGGUUUAGAUAUUCCAGUCGUCGUUUUCAAGGUACAUCGUAAACCUUCACUUGUGGGAUGAUGGCGGUUGGUCGUAUAUUUUCGUGACUUUUUGUUCCGUUUUGUCUUGCCGGAUUGACGCGUUUGGAGUGUCACGUCGUCGGAUGAGAGGAAACCGAGGUGAAAAGUCGUCGAAAUCCGCUGUAGCUGACAAAUCGGUCGAACUUGUGUUCCGUGCAAAGGUGUACGAGAGUGUAAAUGAGUGGUUCUUCUUAUGUGUCAAUCGGUUAUACUUCUAACAUGGCGCUCUUGGCUUAUUUUUUAAAAAUCCGCACCAUCUCUUCGACGGCCGGGUCGGACUGAUAAAAUUCCCUGCCGUUUUUCAUCUUUAAAAUAUGGGUCACAAGUUUUGAUUUACAAAACGGAAGGAAUACAGAGCGUGUGACGUACGUUUCCCACCUGAGGAAUGUUACCGUCGAAAACCGAAACAGAGGAACGUCUUUUCGCAUCUUGACUCAGCUCGCUGAUGUAAAACAAACGACGAUUAUGUCUUAGUCGUUGAAGACGGAAACGAAAUCGCGCGACACACGGGAUAGAUUUUCGUGAAUAGGACACAUAUGACAAAUAAUCCAUCAUCAUCAGUGGGAGAAGGGCCUCUGCUUUUCUGGAUCGUCUCCUGAAUACUGUUUUUAUUUUUUAUUUGUCAAGUUUCUUUUUCUUUUUUCCAACUUCAGUCGUCUAACAAUGGCUUUCAAUGAGAAGGUUGAUCCCGAACAAAUUUUCACGAAGCAGGAGAAGAUUGGAAAGGGAUCGUUCGGUGAGGUGUUUAAAGGGGUAGACAACAGAAGUCAGCAAGUUGUCGCCAUUAAAAUAAUCGAUUUGGAGGAGGCGGAAGAUGAAAUUGAAGACAUCCAACAAGAAAUCAUGGUGCUUUCUCAAUGUGAUAGCCCAUUUGUCACAAAAUACUUCGGAUCCUACCUCAAAGGCACAAAGCUAUGGAUCAUAAUGGAGUACCUUGGUGGAGGAUCGGCGUUAGACUUAAUGAAGCCGGGGAACUUUGAAGAAAUGCACAUUGCGAUUAUUCUGAGGGAGGUGCUAAAAGGGCUUGACUACCUUCAUAGUGAAAGGAAACUACAUAGAGAUAUAAAAGCUGCCAACGUACUAUUAAGUGAAAUGGGUGAUGUCAAAUUGGCUGACUUUGGAGUAGCGGGCCAGUUGACCAACACAACUAGUAAGAGGAAUACAUUUGUAGGGACGCCUUUUUGGAUGGCACCAGAGGUUAUUAAACAAUCUGCGUAUGAUUCCAAAGCUGAUAUUUGGUCUCUUGGUAUCACAGCUAUUGAAUUGGCAAAAGGAGAGCCACCCAAUUCUGAAUUACACCCGAUGAGGGUAUUGUUUCUUAUACCAAAAAAUAAUCCCCCGCAGUUAACAGGCAAUUACACCAAACAAUUUAAGGAAUUUGUCGAGUCAUGUCUUAACAAAGAUCCUGAAAAUAGGCCAACAGCGAAAGAAUUGCUCAAAUUCCCUUUCAUUCGUAAGGCAAAGAAAAACUCAUACCUCAUAGAUCUAAUCGAUCGUUAUAAGAAAUGGAAAUCACAGAGAAAUGAAGAGAGCGAGACAGAAUCAGAAAACUCUGACUCUGAGGAAUCUGGCAAAGUGGAGAGCGAAAUGGACGAACCUUGGAUAAUGACUGUCAAAAGUCCCCAUGGCAUUAAAUCUCUACCGCAACAAAUUGAAGAAGGGAUGGUUCGGAAUGUCAAAGUCAGCAGCGUUCACAACGGACAGUCUAAAGAUACUAACUUAAAUAAUUUUAAAAGCAAUCAGCCAAGAGGUGCUAACCUUCCUAGUAGCCAGGAAAAGUCUUCUACUCCUAAAGAAUCAGAGAGAAAACCUAAAAGUAGACAGGAACGGCAAGAAAAACAACAGGAGCCGAACAAAUCAUCCACGCUUACAUUUCUUAUUCAUCCUCUUCUUGGAGAAUUGAAAAGACGGCAUAAUUAUAAUUCCCGGCGAGAAGAUGGGACACCUUCUAAAACAGAGGCAAUAGAUGAACUUAGAACGGCCUUUGAAGUAGCUGAGCGGUCUAGUCCUGGAAUAUCUGGAAUGUUUGUCAAUGAGGUCAUUCAUAAACUUAUGGGUCGCCAAUAUCAAGGAGUAACUAGACUUGUAGGGGAUACAACAUAGGGUAGAUAUGAAGUAGUUUCUCAGAAUUGACAACACAGUAUGCUGUAUGUUAGGCUAACUUUCUCUUUGAACUUAUCAUAUGGAGAGUUACAUUUGGUGUUAGAAUUAAAAAAAAAAAAAAAAGAGACAAAAACAUAAAUAAUAAUGAAAA